GCCCGCCCGCCUCAAGUUUCUCCACCCCUCUUCCCUCCGAGCACCCACCAGCACGCACGCGAGCGAUGUCCGACCAAGAGGAGCAGCAGGCGACGCAGGACCCGGUCCCCAAGAUGGAGGACGCGAACGCGCCGAUCAACAUUAAGGUGGUAACAUCAUCAGGAGAGGAAGUCUUCUUCAAAAUUAAGCGGAACACGAAACUUAGCAAGCUCCAGGCGGCGUAUGCGUCGAAAGUGGGCAAGGAGGUCAGCAGUAUCCGAUUUUUGUACGACGGUAACCGGAUAAACGAAGACGACACGCCGGCGUCGUUAGAGAUGGAGGAUAACGACACGAUUGAUGUGAUGGUAGAACAGGUCGGAGGGUCCGCGUAGCGCGUUGUAGCAUUCCCCGCAUUUUCGCUGUUUAUUAUUUCUAUCCUGUCAUCUGCACUGUAUCUCAAGCUUAUUCACCCCAAACUCUGAUCGGAUGUGUCGUUCCAUCUUGCAGAUGUGCUGUUUUCCCCAGGGUGGCACACAAUAUUCGAGGCGCUGUGACUUUCUG